AUGGGAGCAGUCACGUCGUCAAUGGCGGCCAAGUUCGCGUUUUUCCCACCGAACCCGCCGUCGUACGGACUGGAGAAGGAGGAGGAGAGUGGGAAGCUGAAGAUGAUUGGGGUAGGGACCAGGGAAAACGUGGACGUUUUGAAGCUGAAGACCAAGAGAGGGAACGACGUCGUGGCGGUGUACAUAAGGAAUCCGUCGGCGAAGCUCACAGUUUUACACUCGCACGGGAACGCAGCUGAUCUGGGUCAGAUGUACGAGUUGUUCAGCGAGCUCAGUCUUCACCUCCGAGUCAACUUGUUGGGGUAUGACUAUUCGGGGUACGGACAAUCUACUGGGAAGCCGAGUGAGCAAAACACUUAUGCAGACAUAGAAGCUGCAUAUAGAUGCCUUGUGGAGAGGUACGGUGUGAAGGAGGAAGAUGUUAUCUUAUAUGGGCAAUCAGUUGGUAGUGGGCCCACUCUAGAUCUAGCAACCCGGUUACCAAGAUUGAGGGCGGUGGUUCUUCACAGUCCGAUCAUGUCUGGUCUUCGUGUCAUGUAUCCGGUGAAGCGGACAUACUGGUUUGACAUUUAUAAGAACAUUGACAAAAUACCCUUGGUCAGUUGUCCUGUUCUGGUGAUUCAUGGGACGGCUGAUGAUGUUGUGGAUUGGUCCCAUGGCAAGCAGCUUUGGGAACGUUGUAAGGAGAAGUAUGAACCAUUAUGGAUAAAAGGAGGGAAUCAUUGUGACUUGGAGCUCUACCCACAAUACAUAAAGCAUGUCAAGAAGUUUGUAUCAGCUAUUGAGAAAUAUCCACAUCUUAGAAAUGGAUUUGGGCCAAUUACGGAUCAACCAGAAAAUCCACGGAGAAGCACUGACAUUAGGGAGAAAUCUUGUUCCACUACAGAUCAAAAAGAGAAUUCUAGACCAAGUACCGACCAUAGAGAAAAUCCUAGGCUAAGCACAGAUCACAGAGAGAAGUCAAGGGCCAGCACUGAAAAGAGAGAGGGAUCAAGAAAGAGUACGGAUCACCCUGAAAAAGCAAGUAAUAGCACGGAUCAGCCAGAGAAAGCACGAAAUAGCAUUGACCGCUUUGGAGAGAUGUUCAGAUCAGUCGGAUUGUGCAAUAUUGAUUGUUUUAAGCCCACAGCUACUAGUGCUUGA